AUGGAGGUAUGCACGGGAGAGCGAGAGAUAGUAGAGGUUAGGAGGGAGGACUACAGAUCAAGCUCAGCUGAUAGAGAAGAAAAAGCAGACAAGAAGAGACAGAAAGGCUGCAUAAGAAAAGACAGUCCCUCAGCCGGCAAGACUCCCGCUGAACCGCCAACCAGGAAGAUACCUCUACGAGAAAGACUCUUUGGGAAACCGGUGGAUAAGAAGAAGCAGCAAGACCGGGUUUCAAAAGACAGUCCCUCAACAACCAAGACUGCCACUGAAAAGCCAAUCAGUGAGAAACCUGGUGACUCCACUGAUAUUCCAGCAACUUUAACAAGAGCAGCUGAAGAAAAGAAAAAGGGAUAUAAGAAGAAGCUACAAGAGCAGAUCCCAAAAGACAGUCCCUCAACCACCAAGACUGCCACUGAACAGCCAAUCAGUGAGAAACCUACAGAUGAACAUCUAUUAAAGAAACCGGUGGAAACGAAGAAUGUUUUGAAUUCAGAUGGAGAACCAAGCUCCAUCUCAAGUGCGUUAAAUAUCAGUGAAGGAGACCUGAUCCCCUCCCCCACAACACAUUACGUUGCACAAAAAUACCUUGGCAACGGCGCAUAUGGAAUGGUCACCCAAUGCAGGAAUGUGACCACCGGUGAGACGGUGGCUCUAAAAAUCAUCGAAAGCCUCUGGGACAUUGACUAUGCACAAGUAGAGGAGGUCAUCCUUCAAAACAUGAAGAAGCUCAGCUCAGACAGGUUCAACAUCGUCCGAUUUUACGAGUCCUUCUUCUACAAGGAACAUUACUGUCUUGUGUUUGAGCUCCUGGAUAUGGAUCUGCAGAAAUUCAAACAGAUCAGCCCGGGUCAACACCUUCAGCUGAAGCAGAUUCGCCCCAUUCUGCAGCAGCUAGCUACAGCCUUGGACUUUUUGAACAUCGCAGGGAUCAUUCAUGCAGAUUUGAAGCCAGAUAACAUCAUGCUGGUGGAUCAUGUCAGGCAGCCACUCAAGGGCUCCUGA